AUGAGUGCUAAAUCAUCUAUUCCCGCGACGCCUCUGCUAUCGGAAAAACAUAACGGAAUCCCCACACGACUCUUCGACAAGGCCCAGGAGGCCAAAAUUGCUAUUUCCGCAAUCGCCACAAAAGCCCAGAGUAAUCGAUGUGAGAUUGCACUUCCUCAGGGUGUCGAAGAAAGUACAUUCAAUCGGGCGAUUGACGAGCUUCGUGGACAUGUGGGUAAAGAACAUGUAGAACUUGUCACGAAACUGAAUGAUGGAUGGUAA